UUCCUUCUCCUUCAUCCAUCCCCUUCGACAAUCCAAGGCAGAUCGACUACCUCUCGCACUCGCCAUGCCUCCCAAGUUCGACCCCAGUGAGGUGAAGAUCAUCCACCUGCGUGUGACCGGUGGUGAGGUCGGUGCCCAGUCUGCUCUGGCUCCCAAGAUCGGUCCCCUUGGUCUGUCUCCCAAGAAGAUUGGUGAGGACAUCGCCAAGAACACUGGUGACUGGAAGGGUCUCCGUGUGACUGUCCGCCUCACCAUCCAGAACCGUCAGGCUGCUGUCUCCGUCGUUCCCUCUGCUUCCUCCCUUGUCAUCAAGGCCCUCAAGGAGCCCCCGCGUGACCGCAAGAAGGAGAAGAACAUCAAGCACAACAAGUCCGUUGCCUUCGACGAGAUUGUUGAGAUUGCCCGCAUCAUGCGCUCCCGCUCCAUGGCCAAGUCUCUCCAGGGUACCGUCCUCGAGAUCCUCGGUACUGCCUUCUCCGUCGGCUGCCAGGUCGAUGGCCGCAGCCCCAAGGACGUCUCCGACGACAUCCACGCUGGCGAGAUUGAUGUCCCCGAAGAGUAA